CAUUUUCCAGCUUCUCACUUAAAUUGGUUUGUGGUGCACUUCCUAAAUAUAACGUUGUAUAGGUCGUCUACAACUUCUUUACUAUCGCUAUGAACAAGAUACCUGGUCACAAUAUCUAUGUUGGGGGGGUCCUCUCACUCAAAAACAAUGCGGCUUUGACUCGAGCAAACAUCACACACAUUGUUUCGGUGUUACGGCUCCAGCAAGCAGAUGAACUUUUGGCGCCUUAUCAACGUCAUUGCAUAGAAGUUGACGAUGUUGAUGACGAAAACCUGUUGGAGCAUUUCCCCGCCGCCGUCAAGUUCAUUCAGUCGGGACUUGACAGCGGGGGCGCGGUGCUUGUGCAUUGUGCAAUGGGAAAGUCUCGUUCUGCGACUGUGUGCAUUGCCUACAUGCUUCAUCAGCAGCGUAGUGCGCUGACCCCGCAAUCAGCACUUACCAUCAUUAGAGAGAGCCGGCCUCUCUGUGAACCCAACGAUGGCUUCAUGGAACAGCUCUCGCUCUACCAUCAGAUGGGCUGUCCCGAAGAUGUCACAAGCCAUCCUUUGUACAGCAGAUGGCUUUACCGCCGGGAAGUCGAAGAAAGUGUCGCCUGCGGACGGGCACCUGAAAUGAACAAUGUUCUGUUCGAGGACGAACAGCCGCACAGGCCACAGGAAUCUACAGGUCGUACCACGGAGAUCAAGUGUCGUAAAUGCCGACGCAAAUUGGCAACCACACCGUUUGUCGUCCCUCAUGGACUCCAGAAACCGGGCGCUUCGCUCGCGAAUACCGAGUGUGCACAUGUUUUCCUCCAUCCAUUGACCUGGAUGCGUCCGAGUCUCUUUCCAGAAAGCGAGUCGGGUGAUUCUAGUGCACCGCUGGGUUCCCCGUCAGCAGACGCUCCGCUAUCUGGUCGUUUGACCUGCCCCAACACCUCUUGCGGCGCCAACAUUGGAAAAUUUGCCUGGCAGGGUAUGCGAUGCAGCUGCAGUGAAUGGGUGGUCCCCGCCAUCGGCCUGGCGAAAGCUCGAGUAGACAUCUCCGAGCAGGUGAAUACGAUCCGGGGGCCAGCCCAGGCAGCCUUUGGCAUUCGGCUACCGCCUGGAAUGAGACCUAGUCCCAUUGACGAGACCAAUGGGCGGGGUAACCUCUAAGCUUUCCAGCAGGAUUCUACAAGGCAGCAAUCAGGCUUUGAUCGAACCGAAUCGAGUGUUGCUGACAUGCCAGAGGGUCAUCACAGUCACAUGGUGAACACUUUCAGCCUCGCAUGGGGAGGCAGUAAGAUCGACCGAAGUUGAGUCGCAAGCAGCAACGCCACAUCGAGUUUAGUUCAUCAAAGUAUGUCCGAGAGUCCCUGCGGGUGCUUGCGUGGGUAGUUGAAAGGCAGAACAAAAGACAAAGCAAACGUGGCA